AUGAAAUUAUUAUUAACAAUUUCUAUUUUUCUAAUUAUUUUACUAUUUUGUAAUGAAAAUAGCAAUGGUUCCCAAAUUUUAUCAAAUGCUGACUAUUCCAAAAACAUUUUGUACCAAUUGGAGUUGAGAAACCAAAAAGUCAAUGAUGCCAGAAAAGUUCUUUCCAAAGAAGCCGUUCCAGGAAAAAACAACUUUUUAGCCGGUUCUAUUGCCACUUUAAGUGUUUUGGGUCCAGUCUUAAUCUUAACAGGUGCACUUCCAUUUGGUUUCUUAUUGGAGCUCGCUGCUGGUGUUCUAGAAUUUGCAGAACUUAUCACUGAGGGUAAAGCUAAUGAUGAAUAUGGAAGAGAAGUUUCAAAAGGUAUCCAAGAACUGGUCCAAGAGUCAAUUAAAAAAUAUGAUAUAGUUUCCCUCAAAUCAUCUCUCCAAGGUUUGAAAAAUAUCGUUGUUAAAUUUGAUAUGCUAAAAAAUGUUGAAGAUCUCAAAAAAGAAGAAAUCCACACCGCUGCUGUAAAUGUAGAUUUUGAAUUCUCUUAUGCUCUUCCUUCAUUUUUAAAGGAUAAUGAAAUGGGUCUAUCAAGUAUUGGUAUUUUUGUUUUGGCAGCUAAUUCCCAUUUGGUGUUCCUAUCAAGUUUGGUCACAAAUUCAAAAAGAUACCAGUUCACUGAUAAGGAGAUUCAAUACUAUUAUAAGAACUUUUUAGAUGCCAGAGAAGAGUAUUACAACAGAAUCAAAGAAAUUGAUGACUAUGGAAAAGCCCAAUUAGAGAAAAAAAUUAUGGAUAAAAAAAUUACAAAUGUUGACGAGUGGAAUCUCAGAAAUGAUUAUUACAAUUUUAUGAAAAUAUAUGUUUAUGAUAUUUCAAAAUAUUGGGCUUAUAUGGAUCCAUUUAUUUUUGGUCAAGGUGUCAGUAUUGAAAAUGCAGAUGUCAUUCUUUCAAAGAUUAUUGGUUCAGCUUUCAAUGGGGAUAGACAACUUUCUUAUAAACAAGUAAAUCAAAUUAUUGAAAACAAAGGUAUUAGAAUGUAUAAUGGUAAAUUUACUGGCUUUUCAUACAGAAACAACGGUUGCAACAACUCACCAUCAGGAUUUGCCUAUAGUAUUCCAAAAUAUUUUGGAGGUAUCAACUACUUUAUUAGCAAGGGUAAAGAAAUUGAAACUGGUGCAGAAGGUAAUACUGAUUUUGAUUCUCAAACUAACAUAAAUGGACCUUUAACAAAAGUAAAAGUAGACCAAAUUUCAAAAAUAACCACAUACUCUGCAAAUGGUUUGAGAAAUUCAAAAUUUUAUCAAUUUGGUUUGGAUAUUAAUGGAACCAAAUUUGGUGACACCACAUGGUACAAAUAUGUUGAAGUUAUAGGCUACCCAUACAGAAUUGUUUCAAGUAUAACCCCAACAACAUUUAAUCCAUGUAGAGUUCCAUGUAAAAAUUAUAAUACAAAUGACAAAAUAAGUUUAAUUGAAGGAAUGGUACUCGGUUUUGUUAACAGUGAUAUUGUUGAAGAUAAUAUUAUUAUUCAAGGUGUAAGCUCAUUCGUAGAUUGUCAAAAGUUCAUCUCAAUAAACUCAAAUACUGCAACUCUUGUCCAAAAUGGUUAUAAAAACUCAAUUAAAUUCACUAAAAAUACAAGAGUUACCUACAAGAUUACUUUAAAUUCAUUUGAUAAAAAAGCAGCACAAUUUCAAUUAUUGUUAGAAUACAGACAAUUAACUGAUUUUCCAUUUAAUAUUAAUGUUUAUGUUUCAAAUGUACCCAAUCCAUUAUCAUCUGAUAAGGUUCCAGUUUCUUUAAAAAGUGUAGUUGAUGAAUGUGGUUUUGGUGACAGAAUUUCUCAAUUUGCAACUGUUUUAUUAAACUCAUCCCCAAACAACUAUGUUACAAUUGAGAAUAUUGGAAGUGAUUUCCUUUUAAACAAUCUAAUUUUUAAAACAAUUUUGGAAGAUUAG